AGCCGUUCAGGGUGGAAUCUAUGAAAGUCUUAUGUCUAUGACUGGCCAAUUUCCGACGACAACAUCCGGUUUACUUCCGCAAUUUAAUUUGGCGCUACACAGAGGUUAAAGUUAAACCGCUGGUGAGGAGAUCUGUGCGUGAGCGCAGUAAACAUGGCGGCGUCAACACUUACUCUUUCAGCGGAGUUGAAAUUCAGAGACGGUAGAGCUCACAAAGUGGACAAAAUCAACGUUGCAGUGGAGAACACGCUCACGUCCUUGAUCGCGGGGAUUCACAAAAUGGGUGAGAACGUCUCGCAGCUUCUCAACGAGCUCGUGGACAAGGAAAGACUCGCUGGGGACUUCGCAGCAGAUGACGAAGACGACUGUGAAGACGAGGACAGCGACGAUGACGAGGCAGAAAAUCAGUCCAAAUCGGAGCUUCAACCACCUGCGAAAAGACACAAAACGUGAAAGUCCAGCCGUAAACCUAUAACAAUUUUGAACAAUAUUUUCCUAUAUUCUACAUUGUAUAUUUCAAACACUGGCCGAAUAAAUACAUUUGAUACCCUUGG